AUGGACGUCCCGGCUGUGGAAGGCUUCAAUGCCGUGCAGGAGCUGCCCACCCGCCGACCCGCGAGCGCAACCCUGGCGCCCAUUCCCACACAGCCGGUGCCCUCGGAGCCAGAGGCAGGGCGCUUGCAGGAAGAACCUGCUGGUGAGACUGCUGCCAGCAGUGCAGUUUCCCAACGGGCUGGGCACGUGGCCGCUGAAUCGGUGCUGAAGCGUAUGGAGAAAGCUCGGGACCAACCGUCGCCGGAAGACCCUGCAGAGGCCGUUGUAUCCAAGACAGAGUCUGAACAGACGUCCGUCAGGAUACAAGUGGCAGAUGUGGCAGUGGCGGUAUCGGAGAGUGCGUCCAAAGAGACGGGGGAGGUGCGGGCGGAAAGUGCGGAAGGCUCCCGAGUGCCAAAGCCCGAGGAUGCCUCCGUAGCGGUUGAGGCACCUUUGCCGCCAAAGGUUGCGGCAGCAUCGCCUGAAGCUUUGCCCCCAGCGGUGCCCGACACCACCACUUCGGCGCCUUCCGUUGAAGCGGAAGGGCCCGGGCCUCGGGCCCUAGCCGUCCACUUGGAAAGCGCAACGAGGGCACCUGCAGAGAUCCAUCAGCCAGAAGCAGAGCCUGUCUCGAUCGGCCAGGCUGUCGAGACUAGGGCAGAGAUCAAGGCAGAAUCGCCUGGAGCCGGGAGUCCAGUCACGGUGCAGACGCAGGCGAUGCCGGAUCCCGUGAUCGACUCGUCCACAGCCCCGCCGGUGCUCGUGGAGGGAUCUGAGACCAUUUCGAGUGGAGCAAGCAGCAUGAAGUCUCCCAAGCCUGAGACCGGCGAGGUCACAGUGGCAGACAAUUUUCCAGAGGCCUCUGCAGAUGUUCGCGUCGAGUCAGAAGAUGUACAGCUGACGGAUGACGCUGCUCAAUCUGCGACCUCGGUGCCAGCAGAUGGGACGAUUUUGCAGCAGGCAGAAGGUGCCAUAACGCGAGCAGAAGCAGGACUUAAAGAAGCCGAGAAGGAGCUGGUACAGACAGGGGGCCAGGUGCUCGAGCAGGUGCAAAAAGCAGCUGCUUCCGGGCAGGAGGUGCUUCACGAAGUAGAGGAAGAAACCUCUGCAGUCGUUCAAGCAGUCGAGAAGGCAGUCGUCGGCACUGGUGUCACUGGUCAGAUGCUGUCAAAAGAGGCUGACGAAGUGACGAUAGCUUCACCAAAGUGA